AUGAGUCAACCCUGGAGGAGAGGCGUGCGCGCUCUGUCCUGGACCCGAGUCCUGCCGCCCCGCGCGCGACAGGGGCUGUCGGCAUCCCAGACAAGAUGCGUCCAGAUUCGCGCCGCUCCCGCCGAACAGCCUGCCUCUGUUAAUGGAGAUCACCUCCCCGUCGUAGCGACACCCAAUUCGGCGCAGUCGUCCGAUGCCCGGUUCGAUGUCAUCGGUGCGCCGUACUCGAUGUUGUCCGUCUCCCUGUCCGCUUCACAGAACCUGUACACCCGGCGAGGGACAUUGGUUGGGUUGAGUGGGAAGGCAGAUAAUGUGUCUUCAGCGAGCCCCGUGACCGCCCUGGUCUCCGUCCGUUCUCCCGUCACCUCCUUCGCCGUCGUUCACCUCAACGGCUCCGUGGAUUGGAUGGUGGCUCAAAGACGCGCAUUGCUAGCCUGGACUGGUCGCUCGCUGUCUAUCCGUCCGACCAUCAACACAAGCCUGAGCAUCGCCCACUGGGGCAGCUCCGAGGUCACCGGAAGAGGUCUGCUAGCAUUGGUGGGAACAGGCCAGCUGUACUCCGUCGAGCUCAAGGCCGGAGAGCAAUACAUCGUGCACCCCAGCAAUGUCGUGGCAUACACCAUGUCCUCCAACCCCCCUCGUCCCUACCGCUUCAAAUCCACCACCCUGAAGUUCCAAGUCCCGGGCCUCAAGAGCCUGCCGCGCUUCAUCCAAGAUUCCAAGUUCAUCCAGGACAUGUCAGACACGGACACAUGGAAGGGCACUAUGAAGCUGUUCCACAAGAUCCGGACAUGGUCGCGAAUGACCAUCUGGGGUGACAGGCUCUUCCUCCAGUUCGACGGCCCUACCACCAUUCUCCUCCAGACCCGCGGCCCGCGCAUCAACGAGAUCCUGACCACGCACGAGGUCAACGAGAUCGCAGAUUCCCCCCGCGGCCUGACCAUCGGCCCGCGCAAGCCUUCGGAAGACAAGAAGACAGCCGAGGAGGCCCUCCAACCCACGCCGGAUGCGCCAUCCAGGUCUGUCGACGACUUGAUUCAGGAAGUCGAGGGGUCGGCUCAGAGGAUCGCCACUAUCACGAAGGAGGGGAAGGUUUUCUUUGAGAAAGCCGGGCAGAAGAACUGA